CGGAAAAAGCUGAGCAGCAAGGUUUACCAAGUUCCGCCUUCCAGUGAGCUGGGCAUGCGCAGCCUGGGAGCUAAGCGUGUUGCGUCUCUCUAGAAGCCGGCCGGGCGCAGGGACAGCUGGGAAGAUGGCGGCUGUGGGCUUGACGGCUGUGGCUGCCUGGGUACCCUGUCGGAGCUGGGGCUGGGCAGCCGUCUCCUUUGGCCCACACCGUGGCCUCAGCGCGUUACUUCCACGGAAGCCCCAGCGGGCGCCCCGGUGGCUCCCAGUUUGCAGACAGAAGACAUCAGUCUCUUUCCUUAAUCGACAAGACCUCCCCAGACUGGCUUAUAAGAGGCUAAAAGGCAAAAGUCCAGGAGUUAUCUUCAUUCCUGGCUAUCGUUCUGAUAUGAAUGGUACAAAAGCAAUGGCAAUUGAGGAGUUUUGCAAAUCUCUAGGUCACGCCUGUAUAAGGUUUGAUUACUCAGGAGUUGGAAGUUCAGAUGGCAAAUCAGAAGAAUGCACAGUGGGGAAAUGGAGAAAAGAUGUUCUUUCUAUAAUUGAUGAAUUAGCUGAAGGACCACAGAUACUUGUUGGAUCUAGCCUUGGUGGAUGGCUUAUGCUUCAUGCUGCAGUUGCACGGCCAGAUAAGGUCAUGGCUCUUAUUGGUGUAGCUACAGCUGCAGAUGGCCUAGUGACACAGUUUAAUCAGCUUCCUGUUGAGGUAAAAAAGGAAGUGGAGAUAAAAGGUGUGUGGUCCAUGCCAUCCAAAUAUCAUGAAGAAGGAUUUUAUCACAUUCCAUACAGUUUCAUUAAGGAAGCAGAACACCACUGCUUGUUACAUAGUCCAAUUCCUGUGAACUGCCCUAUAAGAUUACUCCAUGGCAUGAAGGAUGACAUCGUACCUUGGCAUACAUCUAUGCAAGUUGCUGACCAAGUAGUCAGCAAAGAUGUAGAUGUCAUUCUCCGAAAACAUAGUGAUCAUAGAAUGAAGGAAAAAGCAGACAUUCAACUUCUUGUUUAUACUAUUGAUGACUUGAUUGAUAAGCUUUCAACGUAGUUCACUAGAAUCACAUUUUUAAUAGGUAUGUAAAUUAUUCAGAAGAUUGAAAGCAAUACAGCAAAUCAAAGACCCUUAUACUGUAGGUUUUUCCCUCUUACCUCUAUUUUGUAAAUAUCAGAAAAGUAUUUAUUUAAUUAUGUCUUUGCACAAAUAAUACACAUUGUGAUGGAAGUACCGGCGGCUGCUGUUUAGAAAAAUUUUUUCUUCCUUCAGUCUUUGAAUUCCGUUAAAAUAUUUCCUAUUUUUUAUUCAAGAGAUGUUUGCUUUCCUUAUGUAUAUGUUAGCCUUGCCAAUUCUUAUGUUCUGUUAUUAAUAAAAUUUGAAUAUUUUGGGUUUUGUUUGCCACAUUUAUAAAUGGAAAUUUAUAAAAUUCUGAUUUUAAAAUGCAGUUCACAAAAAUAGGAAGAUGUUUAUUGAAAUAAAUUUGAAAUGUCUAAAGCAUAAGAAAGUUUAAAAAUAAGAAUAUCAUUUGAAUUUAAAAUUAAGGUUUUUAGUCUUUUAAAGGCUCACAGCUUUUUACAGUGAUAUAAAAUAAUUUCUAAAUUGGUUGGUAAAAACUAAAGAGAAAAUUGAUCUUUUUAAUAUUGCCCACUUGCAGAAAUACUUUUUAUUAAUUUGUGCCCUAAGUACAAAUAGCCAAGUAAUUGCCACUUAAAGGGCUUUCUGAAGUGUAGAGAAUCAGGGGGGGAAAAUAUAAAAUGCAAGUACAAAGGGUUUUUUUAAAAGUAUAACUUUUUUAGUAGCCUUGAUAAUAUUGAGUUGGUAGUUUUUAGCUGUUAAUUUUGGCUAGACUUGACUUUUGCUGUUUGGAUUAUUUCAAAGUAAAAUUUUUAUAAAGUUGACAACAUGACUCAUAUGAAAUGAGCAUGUGUAAAGACUUAUUUAACUUGAUAAUGAGGGAGUCAGAAGAUAGUAAACUGAUUCAAAGGACAAUUUUAAGAAACAGUAUUUAUAAGCAUUACAGGAAAAAGGUUUGGAUAAAAUUGCUGUUUAGAAAGGUGUUAAGAGCAGACUGAUUAUCUCUAGAGACCUGCUUUAGAAGGUUGGUUGGUCCAUGGCUGUUUUCUAGGAACUUGAAUUUCAGGGAGCUCCCACUAUUCUCACAUCUGAUUGAAGCAGUUCACUGUGCCUAAACUGUGCACAAAAUUUGGUUUGUGCUGAACACUUGGAAGUCCAGAAUAUUGAUCUAUUCCUGGCAGAAAAUUUCACAUGCUGCUAUAAAAACUCAUUGUUUGGCAAACUAAAUUCAACCUUGUGACUCUACUGCUAGGAUUCUUGAAAGCAUGCACCUAGUUUUCCCAGAUUUCAUUCAUCGCAUGUGUCUUUUUCCUUUGCUAAUUUAGCUAUGUGUCCUUUUCAUUGUAGUAAAUCAUAGCUGUGAUUAGAACUACAUACUGAAUCCUGUGAGUCCUAGCAAAUUUUUGAACCUGGGGGUGGUAUUGAGGAUGCCUGACACAGAAAGAUGCACUUAAGCUCUGAUCCAUUUGUUGUGUUGUAUACUGUAAAUCCUAAUAAAAAAGAUUUGUGUGCCAUA